AUGCUUGAGAAAUCAUGGGAAACGCUGUAUUUCAUGGCAAAUCCUGCUUUGCUUCUGAUUUCUCGACUUUGUGCCCCCCGCAUCCCAGCCAUGGAAGAAGUCGACAAGGUGGCCGAGCUGGCGCAGGAGUUGAAGGUCGAGGAAAAACCGGAGCUCACGAAGGAUCCUUGGCCUGAGCUGGAUGACCAACCGGAGGAAUGGCGCGACGUGGCCCAUCUCUCAGAGUGGGCCCAGAGAGAGAAGCUGGGCGCUCGAUUUGAGUCCGGCAUUGAGGCCCUAGUGAAGCAGGGUGGCCUCUGCACAACCACGGACAAGUUCCUGGAGGAACUCGGAUAUAGGCUUCCUGCCAUGAGGAAGAAGAUCAUGGAGGCCAUCAAAACCAAAUUCCGGGGGAACCGGAAGGUGCGAUUCGGCCAAAUCGUCAAGUACGAGCCGAUCCUGAAAAAGAGGCCUAAUGGGAAGUGCCCGUGGACUGAGAUUGAUCACAUUGAGGUGACACACGACAACAUGGCGCUGAGGGCCGCCGUGAGAACAUGGCGCUUUUGCGCCACUGGGUUCGAUGGUCUGGAGGAGGAAGCCCUGAUGCGGAAGGCAUUCCAGUCCAUGAAGCCGGAGAAGGGGAUCUGGAAGUUCAUUCAGGACAUGAUGGAUGGCGUCGGAGCCUUCUUCGCGGCGAUGCCCUGCUGCAACAUCCCUGAUGAGGCCGGAUGCUUCGACUUCGCAGAGCUCAUGAAGGGCAGGAAGCGACUUGAUCGCUUGCAGACCGGGACCACUGUGCAGCGGUCGGAUGUCCUGAGACAUGGUGAUCUCAAGAUUUUGCCUUCCUUGUGGACGGCCAAGAACGCUGACGAUCCCAUGGCCAGGCCACAAGGCUAUCACGACUUCAACGACUUCCGUGACAAAGCUAUCCUCCCUGUGGGUGCACCCGGUGUGGCGUUUCCACGCCAGGUACGGCCAAAGCGCCAGGGAGAGGAGAAGAUGCGGCCUCGUACCGCAGGAGGCCGUUGUUCGAAGCGGUCGGAGUCGCUGAGCUUCGACCUUCAGGGCUGUGACGCUGCCGUUGCAGACGGCACAGACCAUCAAUCGCCAACGUCGCCGACCCUUUGGAGGCCAAAGAGCGCUGUGAUGAGUCGAAGGCGCUUGAAACCGUGA